AUGGACGAAAAUAUCUGGGCAUCUGUAUGGAAGGAGAACGAGGCAGAGACUAUCCCCCCUGCAGCAAGAUGUAGGCAGAGACGAGCACAAGAGCAAAGAGACGCAGGGAGCUACUGGAUCAGGGACCAGCCCUGCCCUCAUUGUAAAGCUGAGAGGACCAGGCAAUGGCUGUCCCAGCACUUCUUUAAACCUGUCUCACCUCCCCCCGGGACAGACACUUCUUUAGAAGAGGACUUCUACCAAGGAAUCAAUCCGUGA